AUGAAGAUGAAUAGUACUCACUACUUGGAUCACCAGCAUCAAUUUCAGUGGAUGGAUGAUCCACGUAAACAGGGUAACGGCACUAUUGAUUCCAAUGUGUCCUAUGCAAACAUCGACGCUAAGCAGCAAUUAAAUUAUGGUGAUGUACCGUCUGACAACAUAUGUAAAAGCGACAAUGAACCCAUAGAUACGUCUAUAAACUUAACUUACGUGAAUGAAAUUCCGGAUAGCAACACUACGAACUUUAUUUCAUCCAACAAAACUGCUGAAACUGCCGACACUAAUGCCACAACUCACACUAACGAAACCUACAUUGUUGACCCAAUAGAAGCUCAGCAGUUUGAUUCAAAUUAUUAUACCAUCAAAACAAAUUAUGAUGAGACGCAACCUCCAGUAAAUUCCAAUAAUUAUGCUUAUUCCAACGAUGGUUACAACUUGUUUGCUGGCAACAUGCCAUCUAGUGACUGCUACUACUACCAGACUCAGCCCAUGGGUAAUUCAGCUGGAGGCAUAGGAUAUUAUAACGACAUCUACCAAACAAUAUCGCCCGCUUUUGUCGGUUUGCCUAUGUCACUGCCAGCCUCUCCUUAUAUGGCCUGCUCUCGCUCCCCUGCACAGUCUGUCAUGGGCGAUUAUGACACUGAUAACUUCAUGAUUAACACUUUAUCACAAAUGUCAACCCCCAGCAGUCCUUGCUACCGACCAGUGUACAAUGGUUAUGGCAAAUUUCUCGUGGAUUCCGCGCCACAAUUCACCCUCACCCAAUCCGCAUUGUCCCCUAAUAUGAACUACACUAUGGAUAUGGGUAUGAAUAUGAAUACAAAUUGCGGGUAUGAAGAAUUAGACGAUUCAUUCUAUGCAAUAGUGGAUGAAAUCGUCGAGAAUACCAAAUACCUACCCCCCAAAAAUUCCGAAGUAAAAUGCUCCCUUGACGCCAAUCAUCCCAUACAUUGCGUAUGGAAAGACAUGAACCGAGGACAUUUUUCCUGGAGAUGCCGUUGGUGGGAGAAUGGGAAAAGACUAUCAAAAAAUUUCAACAUAAAGCGUUUUGGAGAUAUGGAGGCCAUGAAAAUGGCCAUCACUAUGAAACUCAAGAAUAGUACACCAUCCGAGAGGCUACAGCUCCUUAAAGAGCAACGCGAAGUGGUGCGAGUAAAUAUGGAAAAGAGACACAGCAAUCCUCCAAUAGAUUUACUAACUACAGUUUCUGGUCAAUUUCCCACACCAGUAUCGACAAUACAACCCCCUUCCCCUAAUAUAUCAGACUACUCCUGCGAUAAUGACGAAUAUUCCGUAAAAAUACAGGACGAAAACUUCAAACGCCUAAGCUGGGCUUACACAAUGCUUGACAGACAUGCCAAUGGGAAGGAUUCUAACCUUAGAUGCAAGAUAUGCAGAAAAACUAUUAAAUCAUCCAGGGGGAGUAACAUUGAGCAAAGUUUUUUCUUACACUUGUUCAGGAUGCACAAAAAUCCUUGGAAACAGUAUGUGGACGUUCGGGGUCUGGAUUCGGCGUCUAAGAAUAUGCUAAAUAACUUAUACUCCUUCCAUGGUAUUAACGAUCGCACCCCCUGGAAAGUUAACUCAUCACUAUGCCGCCCCUGA